AUGCAGUUCCAAAAAACACAAAAUAUCAGUACAUGUGAAUCUCUGGACACAACAGUUCCAAAAACACAAAAUAUCAGUACAUGUGAAUCUCUGGACACAACACUUCCAAAAACACAAAAUAUCAGUACAUGUGAAUCUCUGGACACAACAGUUCCAAAAACACAAAAUAUCAGUACAUGUGAAUCUCUGGACACAACACUUCCAAAAACACAAAAUAUCAGUACAUGUGAAUCUCUGGACACAACACUUCCAAAAACACAAAAUAUCAGUACAUGUGAAUCUCUGGACACAACACUUCCAAAAACACAAAAUAUCAGUACAUGUGAAUCUCUGGACACAACACUUCCAAAAACACAAAAUAUCAGUACAUGUGAAUCUCUGGACACAGUACAUCUCUGGACACAACACUUCCAAAAACACAAAAUAUCAGUAUAUGUGAAUCUCUGGACACAACAGUUCCAAAAAACACAAAAUAUCAGUACAUGUGAAUCUCUGGACACAACACUUCCCAAAACACAAAAUAUCAGUACAUGUGAAUCUCUGGACACAACACUUCCAAAAACACAAAAUAUCAGUACAUGUGAAUCUCUGGACACAACACUUCCAAAAACACAAAAUAUCAGUACAUGUGAAUCUCUGGACACAACAGUUCCAAAAACACAAAAUAUCAGUACAUGUGAAUCUCUGGACACAACAGUUCCAAAAACACAAAAUAUCAGUACAUGUGAAUCUCUGGACACAACACUUCCAAAAACACAAAAUAUCAGUACAUGUGAAUCUCUGGACACAACACUUCCAAAAACACAAAAUAUCAGUACAUGUGAAUCUCUGGACACAACACUUCCAAAAACACAAAAUAUCAGUACAUGUGAAUCUCUGGACACAACACUUCCAAAAACACAAAAUAUCAGUACAUGUGAAUCUCUGGACACAACACUUCCAAAAACACAAAAUAUCAGUACAUGUGAAUCUCUGGACACAACACUUCCAAAAACACAAAAUAUCAGUACAUGUGAAUCUCUGGACACAACAGUUCCAAAAACACAAAAUAUCAGUACAUGUGAAUCUCUGGACACAACAGUUCCAAAAACACAAAAUAUCAGUACAUGUGAAUCUCUGGACACAACAGUUCCAAAAACACAAAAUAUCAGUACAUGUGAAUCUCUGGACACAACAGUUCCAAAAACACAAAAUAUCAGUACAUGUGAAUCUCUGGACACAACAGUUCCAAAAACACAAAAUAUCAGUACAUGUGAAUCUCUGGACACAACACUUCCAAAAACACAAAAUAUCAGUACAUGUGAAUCUCUGGACACAACAGUUCCGAAAACACAAAAUAUCAGUACAUGUGAAUCUCUGGACACAACAGUUCCAAAAACACAAAAUAUCAGUACAUGUGAAUCUCUGGACACAACACUUCCAAAAACACAAAAUAUCAUUUCUUCUAAAAGAGCAUUAUCCUCUUCAUCGACACCACCCCCUAUCACCAGAGACACUAAAAAACAGAAACAGUUACCUCUCACAUCAACCCCGCUACCCGAGAGUGUGUUCGGUUUCAAUUUAUCAUCACCAAUGACUACCACAUCACAAACUCUCCAGCAGGGAAUCCAACAUCCCCAGUCAGGCCUUCUACCUUUUCCACUACCCAGCUUUUCCGAUUCAGCAAACUUUCAGCCCGCCGAUCUCGGGGGUGCGAAGUUGUCUGAUAUUGAUGUCCAGCGGAUCGCCAUGGCUGUCCGUGUUCACAUGUCCAACGACCUGCAGUCCAUACAACAGAAUGUCCAACUAGUCGUACCACAGCAGAUUGCUCCGCUGGUAGAGAAAGUGGCAAGGCUUGAGGCUGAAAACGGUGAGCUUCGCCAUCAGCGUGAUGACCUGGAACAGUACGGGAGGAGAACACUCGUUCGCUUCUCCGGCAUCCCAGAGGAAUCAGGAGAGGACACUUCCGCUAUUAUCUUAAAGGCAGCAGAGGAAUGUGGCGUCGACCUCCCGCCAAAGGCUCUGGAGCGGUCGCAUCGAGUUGGCAAACCGGAACAUCGCGCGAUUGAGUUCCGUGGACGCCAAGUUUGCUCUGUUAAAAUCAAGCCGCGGUUUUCGCUCCAAAGACCCCUUUAA